AUGGAUCCCUUCGAGGUCCGCAUGCGCUUCAACAGCCAGUUGCAGCACCUCAAUGCCUCAGUCACCUCUGCACAAAAAGCCGCCCUCUGGGCAAUAAAAUACCGCGAAUGGGACGAAGAUCUGCACUCCUGCAUCCUUGAAAACCUCGAACGCAACUCCCUCAACAACCGCGCCAACAUCUUUUACUUCUUCGAAACCCUCUGCGAUGUCGCUUCCGCAGCCAACCACGUCGAGUUUGUGCGCAUGAUGGAACGAGAUAUUCUGCGCAUUGUGGAUUUGGUGGCGCCUGAAGAUGGUAGUGGAGCCGCCAACGUCAAGGUCGUGCGCAAAGUCCUCAGAAACCUCGCUGGAAAGAAAUACUUGCAAGCACAGACUGUGGAGGAAUUGGAAGACUGCAUCAAAGAUCGCGACAACAUUGGUGGUAUGGCAGGCACCGCUAGCCCCGAGGAAGCACAACGUCACAGCAAUGGAAACGUCAGAGUGGAAAAGAGGCAAGCAGAACAAAGAAUCGAGGAAGAUCGUGAGCGCCACAAGAGACUUAGAGAGGGCAUUUGGGCGGUGAAUGAAGAUGAGCUCGACAAGGUCUGGUUGGAGGCUGUGGAUGUGCUGCAGGAUGAUCAUCGCACUGCUACCGAGGAAGACACAGAGCGUGUGCAGUAUGCCGGCCUUCAUCGCACUGAGCUGCUCAUGACAUGA